AUGUUUUCGCCGUUAUCACAUAUAGUGCUUAUUGCAACAAUUGACGGGGAGGAAUACAUAGUAGAUGUUGGUUUCGGGACCAAUUGCGCAAUGCGUCCAAUUCCUCUCAAAGAGAAUACCAUCAUGCCGUGCAUCGCAACAGCUGAGAUGCGCCUGAUCCGAGACAGUCUUGACGAAUGCACCGAUGAAAGCCAGCGCGUUUGGAUCUACCAGGUUCGGUAUACGCCGCGAAGUGACUGGAUCUCAAACUUCUGCUUCUCCGAGGCCGAGUUCCUACCCCGGGAUUUCAAGCUCCUUAACUUCUAUGAGUCAGCAUCCAAGUAG